AACGCAGCCUCGUGUUGUGAUAUACAGAAAUGAGCCGCUGCCGACCCCUCUGCCCGUCGUCUGAACACAUCACAUGAGUCCGUUUGCGAUGAUGGAGAACAAGCAUUUUCUAAUUUUCUUCUCUCUGGCUUUGGCAGUUGGUUUUUUAUCGAUUGCGUUUGUUUUAAUUUGGGUUUUACACUUCCGAGAGGGACUCGGUUGGGAUGGAGGACUGGCUGAGUUUAACUGGCACCCGUUGUUAAUGGUCAUCGGCUUUAUUUUUCUUCAGGGAAUCGCCAUUGUGGUGUACCGGCUGCCGUGGACGUGGAAGUGCAGUAAGCAGAUGAUGAAGUUGAUCCACGCAGGGCUUCAUGUUCUUGCCUUCAUUCUAGCUGUCAUUUCUGUGGUGGCUGUGUUUGAUUUUCACAAUGCAAAGGAUAUCCCUAAUAUGUACAGUCUGCACAGCUGGCUGGGUCUGGCUGCUGUUAUCUUUUACCCAGUACAGAUAGUUAUGGGCAUCGCUGUCUACCUGAUACCUGUGAGUCCAGCGUAUGUGCGUGCUGCUUUAAUGCCUGUACACAUCUAUAGUGGCCUGUUCAUCUUUACCACCGUGAUCGCCACAGCUCUCAUGGGCAUCACAGAGAAACUUAUAUUUGCCCUGAAAAGCCCAGGUUAUAAAGACUCUCCACCAGAGGCCGUUUUGGUUAAUGUUCUCGGUCUGCUCAUCGCUGCUUUUGGUGGUCUUGUUCUCUGGAUUGCCACUCGACCCUCCUGGAAGAGACCGAGUGAACCGAUCACACAAACCCUGCACGAUACCAGCACAAGUCCAGAGGAGAUCAAAGUGGGCACUGCCAUAGCCGCAAGAUCCGAUCAAGAGUCCAGCGUUGAGACACGCAGACGUAACGAAAAAACAGAAGAAUCUGGAUAAAUCGAAUGUUAUUAAUAGAUGAAUAUCAUCAAGCGAAAUAUUUUCUUUAUCUAGAAGAGCUUUCAUACCAGACCAAGUAUUGUUUAUGUUACCCACUGGUAAUCUUUGUUAUUGUGGAAGUGUAAUGUGUUUUCAGUUUAUGAAGGGCAUUUUGACAUCUGAUUGUGAGAUAGGAAUUCAGUUGUGUAUAAUCAUACAGAAGCAUGUGAUGUCCUUUCUUACUGUUUCUUAUAUUUGCACUAUAUCAACAUUUUACACACUGUAUCUGUUAGCAGUGGCGGCGGUGACUUCUUUUUUCGAGGGCUCUCAAUGCAAAGUUCGUCACAACAUGUAUGUGAAGCCCAUCGUGCGUUUCCUUUUUUCAAAAUAUGUUUUAAGUAUCUAGAGAUCCUAUGUGCAUCACGUGUCUUGUCAAAAUAAGUGCCUGCUGCAGAUGCGUCUAAAGGGUUUAUGAUAAAAGAGACGCUUGUGUUUGCCAGAUACUCGCAUAAUCUCAUGCGUAAUCAGAAUUUACCGUUAAGUGAGAGUUUCUUGCGUGUAUUUUGUGAACGUUUUGACACGUGUGCAGCAGGCACUUAAUUUUGACAAAACAUGUGAUGCACACAGGAUCUCUCAACGCACAGAACACAUAUUUUAAAAUUAUGAACCACACACAUUACACUUCGAACACUUAUUUUGAAUUAGCGCCCCUCGGAUGAGCAGUCACGAGCCGCCACUGUCUUUUAGUCAGGGGCAUUUACAUUGUAAAAAAAGGUUUGUAGGUUUAACUUGAAAAAGUAAGUUACCUGGUAAACCAAUAAUAAUAAUUCAAUUGAAUUAACUAAAAAAAUGAAGGCAACCUUCUGAAUUGAACCUACUAUUAUUUUUUUACAGUCAUUACCAGUGUAGUUCAUUUAUUUGGUACACACACUUUUGUCCUGUUUUCAGUACAAAUAUCUAAAAAUUAUUAUAUCAAGAUAUAUUUUAUUGAUGAGCAAGAAAAUAGGUCUAAAUAUUAAAAUUUAUGUGAAUCAGCAAAAACAAAUCUGCCAAUGAAUUAAAAUUUUUUCUUUAAACUUCAAAUUAAGUGUUUAAGAAAAAAAGUUUUUUUUCUUACACAAUUGGCAGAUUUUUUUUGUUUUAAGCACAAAUUUACUUAAAUUGUAUAUUUUUUUGUCUAAAAACUAGACUCAUUUUGCUAAUCAAGAAUAAUGCAUCUUAAUGUGAGUUUAAUGUAAUUUUUAGAUAUUUGUACUGAAAACGAGACAAAAACUAAGUAAGAAAGUCAUUUUUUGCAGUGCACAUUGUGUUUAAAGGUUCGUAUUUGUGUUAAAAAGUAUUUUGCUGUUAGUAGGAGCAUUUAGCAUUAUUAAAAUGAUCUGUAUAUCCAAUAUUUGUGCUCUAUUUUUAUUGCAAGAUUAUUUAUCAUUCGACAUCAUGUUUUUAGUCAAUACAAAUCAAUAAUAUUUAAGCAUUUUAGUGGAUUUUCCCCAUUUUUGAAAUGAAAAUGCUGUAAGAGGGACUACAAUAAAACAUGUUUUAUACCUUA